AUGGAGGGGCCGCCCAUGGUGCUGAAUCAAGGUGACGACGUUACGGUGACUGUCAUCAACCAUUUACCAUUCAAUACCAGUGUGCAUUUUCAUGGCAUCGAACAGAAAAACACGGCGUGGGCGGAUGGAGUACCUGGCCUUACUCAAUGGGCCAUACCACCUGAGAAUAUGUUCACCUAUCAAUGGCAUGCCAACGAAUAUGGCACCUAUUGGUAUCAUUCCCAUGACAUGGCUACCGUGCAAGAUGGCCUCUACGGCGCGAUUCAUAUACGACCAUCUCAACAGACAGAAGACCCCUUCUCAAUGAUUACUACCGAUGCAACCGAGCUAGGCGCUAUAAGGCAGGCAGUGCGGAAUGCCGAGCUCAUCGUCGUCUCGGAUUGGAGUCAAUAUACCUCAUUCGAGUACAUGGAUGCAAUGAAACAGUCAGGUUACGAUAUUUUCUGCUCCGACAGCAUCCUGAUUCAAGGCAAGGGUUCAGUUUAUUGCCCACCACAGGAGGAAUUAAUUUCUUUGAUGCCCUAUUCAGUCCAGAAUGUGCUUCAAGCAAAUGUCACCGACAAGGGGUGCCUGCCUUUUGUAACGGGUUCCCAAGGUAUUUGGGGGCAUCACCCUGAAAAGCUUCCGCCUAGACUGAACGAUGGCUGUGUGACUAGUGAAGGGUCCCGGGCCACCGUGGAAGUUGACCCAAGUCGUAGCUGGGCCAGUCUCAACUUUAUUGGCGCAGCUAGUGAGAAAGCACUUGUUGUUUCCGUUGACGAACACCCUAUGUGGAUUUACGAAGUUGAUGGCAGGUACAUAGAGCCCCAAUCUGCCGACACAUUUGAGCUCUACAACGGUGAACGGUAUGCUGCUCUUAUCAAACUUGACAAGGAACCUGCCAAAUACAACAUUACCAUUACGGACACCGGUGGUAAUCAGAUCAUUGCUGGCUAUGCAAACUUGCAGUAUCGAGGUGCAGAGAACAGCACCAGGGAAUCUAUGCCCUACAUCAACUAUGGUGGUCAGCCCACAUCACCAGACGUUGUUGCAUUGAACGUCUCGGUUCUGCCCCCUUUCCCAGAAAUACGUCCUGCUGAAAAGGCAGAUAAAUUUUUCUUAUUGAAUCUAUCACGUAUCAAUUCCUCAUGGGAGUGGUCUCUUAAUGGCAAAUCACUACUUCCAGCAGAUCUUGAUGGUAUGGAGCCUGUUCUAUACAACAAAAAAUCUCAUGGUCUGGAGAAAUCUCUUAAGAUCGCGACCAAGAACAACACUUGGGUUGACAUUGUCUAUCAACUGCGACUAGGGGACGCAUCAAUCACCCCGGUCCAGCCCCCUCACCCAAUUCAUAAACAUUCAAACAAGAUGUUCUUGAUCGGCUCCGCACAGGGCACUUUUGACUGGUCUUCCAUUGAUGAGGGUGUUGCCGCAUGCCCCCAGAAUUUCUUCCUUGACAAGCCUCUAUAUAGAGACACAUUCGUUACCUCGCCGAGAGGAGAGGCCUGGAUAGCAAUUAGGUACUUCGUGCAAAAUCCUGGGCCAUUCUUGUUGCACUGUCAUAUAGAGACGCAUCUGUGGUCUGGUAUGGGCAUGGUUCUGUUAGAUGGGUAUGAUGUGUGGGAUAAGAUUCAGAGUGACUGUUGGGACGUUUGUUGA